ACUUACUUUCACGGUAGAGCUAUCCUAACCGUUUCCCAAGCCACAAGUCGCCUUCUAGAAUAUUGAAUGCAGAUUGUCUUUUUAGCUAUACCUCGCUAUCAAAUGCAAGUGAUAUAGAGCAGCGAAGUACCCUCAAACUACAGGUGCAUGGUUGCAACGAGGCUUUGAAGCACUUUCACAUUGCUUUAGGCUGUGUUCUUCUGGUGGAGUACUUGGCGACCGACACCCGGAUCUGCGUCCUUCAAGACCCUCAAGUGACCUUCAGUCAUGCACUCGUUCUGGUCUACCGUUCAGAGUUCACAUACGCCCUUUUGCAACGAGUUACUGGUCUCACAUCACUUGAACGGUCUCGAUUUCCGUUAUUUCUUGCUUGCAGCACCUUUGCAACGCGGCUUGUCCUUGCGACUAUAUUAUGGCUUAUGAGUUGCUGUUGGUUUUAUUUGGACACUAUUCGUUACCUCCUACGCUGUCUUGACGACGAUUUUCAACUUUCGACGUAUAUAACACUACUAUGUCUCAAAUCCUUGACGCGUUCAAGAUCAAGUCUCUAGAACUUGAGCCUGUUUUCGAGUCCUGGAAAGAUGCUCCAGUAUUCACAGGGAAUCCUAAGAAGGAUCUCCCGGUUGACGACUGGCUGGACAAGAUGAAGGCUGGCUGCAUCGAGCGCAAGGUGCCUCGAGAUUAUUGGCACAAAGUUGCUUACCAUUAUAUGGGCAAACAUGCCAAGGAGCGGUUGGAUGAGGUGAAGUGCGUGAUGCGCAAUAUGCACGGAGGAAAGUAUAAGUGGAACUGGAAGGCUUUCAAAGUCGCAAUGCGUAAUAUGGGCUGGGACAUUGACCCGAAGCAAACGGAGGAAUUCAAAGUCGAGAGUAAGCCUUCUGGUCUAUGGUGGAUCGUCGGAAAAGGCAAGAAGACCGAAGAGAAGAGCCAGGAUGAUGAUAAAGCUUCAAUCAAAUCCAGCGAUUCAUCUUCCUCCAAGUCCCCUCGUCCACCUGCCCCAAAGAAGGCGAAGUCAACGUGGGACAUUUCGACCUUCAAGCCCUUUCCUACUCCGAGACGUGCGGCGACGAUGAGCACCAUUGAGACCGUCGGUACAUCUUCGGCUCGUAGCACAUCACCAUCCGCCUCCUCGUCAAGCAACACUUCGUCAGCAGUUUCCAUCGCCAGUACUUCGAAGCCAACUGCUGUAAGCACACCAGCCGCUACUCCAGGUGAUGGUGUAACAUCCGUUGCCCAUGCACCGGUCUGGCUCGUCAACGCAUGCCAAGCACUCGACUUCCUAACGACGGAACAUCCAAAGGCGAUGACCGCCAUUUCUGCAGUGCUCAUUACCGUGGGGUCUCUUCCUGCUCUCCCUGUCAUUUCCGCUGGUGCAGGAGGCGCUUUCCUCGCCAGCGGAACUGCACAUGCUUUGGGCUCAAUCGCAAUUGGUGUGGGGAGCUUGUUGAAAGCCAUUGGCGAGCAACAGGUUCAGGCCCAUACGCAACCACAAUCGCAGAAGUAAUCGAAUCCGUUUAUAUGGAUGGUAGAUUGUUUAUUCGUUAUGUUCUGGAACCAGCGCCGGCUUUAUUAUCAGGAAUAUGUUAUUGCGUAGGGGAAUUUGUACGAUAUUCUGUACUUCUAUUCUUGUCGAUCGCUGAUACACGGCGGAAGUUAAGAAAUACUCUUAGCGACG